AUGAACGAGGAAUUUCUGGCAGCUCCGCUUGUCAUGAAGCCUACAAGGAUAUACAACUACACCCAGCUGAUAGCAUGCCUCAAGGCGAAGCAGCAGAAGCUGUCGAAGUACAAGGCCUCGAUCCAGCCAACGCCUCUUAGGAAUGUUCUCAAGCCCAAGCAAUGCCGGUUUGAAGUAGAGGACACGGUUAAUGGGUUUUUGCACGAGAAACUCAGGUCCAGGCAGAGAGAACAUGAAAAGUCUGUGGGGCGGGUCUUUUCCCAAUCCGUUAAGAGGCACAUCAAGGAGUUGAAGAGAGAAAACGACCUUUUUGUUGUUGGAAGCAGCAAGAUCAGUGGAAAGGUCAAGAUCUUAGAGGAGGUGUUCGACAAGGAACCCGAGGAUAAGGAGGGCGGCCGGGCGUCUGAGAUGGCUGCGAAAAGCAAGUAUUUUGAUGAUGCCUUUCUGUUUGACAUGUACAUGUUUCUCAGUCGCCAGCAGCCUUCUGAGGGCUUUGAGCAAGAGAUCAAGUUCCUUGGGGAUGAGUAUUUCAGGUACGUCGAAAGGUUUCUAAAGGAAAAUGCAGACAAGAUCAAGACGCCGCUUCGGGGAGACGAAGAGAAGAUUUCAGCCUUUACCAGGCUUCGAUACAACAGGGAGGAGUAUGGGCUUGAGGUGUAUGAGGGCCGAUACAUGUUUGCAGAGCUGUACACUCUUUUCAGAUGUGGGCUUAUAGAUUCCGUAAAAGGCCUUCUCGAGAAGUUCCAUGUUUUCUUUGAGCACAUCUCUCACAGGUUCAAGGCAAGUUUUGGAGGCUGGCUUGUCACAAAGACAAAGCCUGCUGUCCCCGUAAAGAUAGGUGGCUGUGACGAUCUUUUCAAGGCGUUUCUCCUUGGGCUGAUGGACGAAAGCAGCCGGAGAACGGACGAGCGAAUUAUCGGAAGCAUUGAGGACUUUCUAUGGAUGCAUCUGAUAUCCAUCAGUGGAAGGGAAUCCGCCGGUGCGAUUCUGAAGAUGUUCAGAAACUACCAAAAUGCGAAAGGGCUUUUCCUUGCAUAUGUAAUGCUAAAGGACUACGACGGAGCCAUGAGCUUGAUGUUCAAAGGGGACUUCCAAAUAAUCCCGUCCUACUUCAUAAUGAAGGCCCUCUGCCCAAGAUGCACAAACAAAAAGGUGUUUGUGGACUUUGUAUUCCUUGCGGCAAGCAGAUUCACGUCGACACAGAGGAAGGUUGAGUUGAUAAGCUCUCUGAAGCCUACAAUAGAGGGGUACUAUGAAGUGGUUCCUGAGAUGGUAAUCAAGAUGGGCAUGUAUGACGUGCUUGGAAUUGAGUCUGGAGCUUUCUUGUACCUCGACAAGAAGAUCAACCAGAGGGUUGUUGAGAUAUUGAAGGGAAAGAACGAAAAGAAGAAGUUAAUCAAGCUAUACUACCUAAUUGAUGAUGAGGCUCUGGUUGUGAAUCUGAUCAACGAGGCCAUUACGGAAGCGAUUCUUUCCGACACAGAUAUCGACGAGUAUCUCGAGAUCAUUGAGUACUACGAGAGGAUGGAGUGCACAAAACAGAUCAGGACGAUGUCUGCACUGAAGAGGUUCUAUCUGUUCAAGAGAGAUCCGCAGCCCUCCACCCUCGCGGCAACCCCACUGCUCGACCCAGACUUCGAUCUUGGUAAUUUCAGGUAUGUGAUUGAGAAGAUCUUCAAGUCGGCAUGUGAUGUUGUUGAAAAGGCGGGGGACAACGAGAUGGCGAGGACAUUGUUCAAGCUCUGUGGGGUCCUAGGGCUUGGGGACGAGAUGUCCAGCUAUGCAAACAGACAUCUUGUGCUUCUUAUAUAA